UUACAGACUGUAUCAGUUAAGAGAAAAGGAAAAAAAAAAAAAGAAAAAGCGGUUAAGUCAAGUACAUUUAAAAGCUGUAAUCAUCUUUGGGAAAAAAACUGCCUCUGGCUACAACCCUGAAGUUCUUCAGCUGGAGCUGGCCAAAAGCCUGAUCUCUUGAUGUCUUUAAGGUAUUCUGAUCGCUAUGGCAGCCACAAGAAAUGUGAUGAGAGCUGUCAGAGUUUUUGAAUUUGGUGGCCCUGAAGUACUUAAGCUCCAGUCAGAUGUCUUAAUUCCUGAUCCAAAGGAAAAUCAGGUGUUAAUUAAGGUCCAUGCCUGUGGGGUAAAUCCUGUUGAGACAUAUAUUCGUUCUGGAAGUUAUGCUAGAAAACCAGCUUUACCCUAUACUCCUGGCUCAGAUGUGGCUGGUGUAAUAGAAGAUGUUGGGGAACAUGUGACUGUAUUCAAGAAAGGUGACAGGGUAUUUACCACCAGUACGAUCUCUGGAGGAUAUGCAGAUUAUGCAGUUGCUGCAGUGAAUAGCGUCUUUGCUUUGUCGGAUAAACUGGACUUCAGGCAAGGAGCAGCGAUUGGAAUACCCUACUUCACUGCUUAUCGUGCUCUUUUCCAGAAAGGGUGUGCCAAAGCAGGGGAAAGUGUGCUAGUACAUGGUGCGAGUGGGGGAGUGGGAAUAGCAACAUGUCAGAUUGCGAGAGCUUGUGGUUUAAAGGUUUUGGGUACAGCAGGAACUGAGGAAGGCAUGAACGUGGUUCUAAGAAAUGGCGCUCACCAAGCAUUCAAUCACAGAGAAGCUAAUUACAUUGAUAAAAUUAAGGAAUACACAGGGAUGGAAGGAGUUGAUAUAAUAAUAGAAAUGCUCUCUAACAUCAAUCUUGCCACUGACUUGCAACUGUUGUCCUGUGCAGGAAGGGUUAUGGUUGUGGGCUGUAGAGGUCCUAUUGAGAUAAAUCCAAGAGACACUAUGAGUAAAGAAUCUAGCAUAAUUGGAGUCAGUCUGUUUCUUGCAACUGAGGAGGAGAAGCAUGAAUGUGCAACAGUACUCCUUGAUGGCAUAGAAGCUGGCUGGCUGAAACCCACUGUAGGCUCUGAAUAUCCGCUGGAGAAAGUAGUUAAGGCUCAUGAAGACAUUAUUCAUAGCAGUGGUGCUCGAGGAAAGAUGGUGCUCCUUCCAUAAAGUAUUUUUCCAAUUAUUUUGUAGCUGUUCAAACUGCACCUUUGCUUAUGUGAGUCAUUGAAUGUAUGUUAUAAAACACACUUUUUAUCAGGUUUCACAGAACGUAGCAAAUGCUAACUGACAUAAAUUAUCAAUCUGUUUCCUUUUUGUAGUAAGCAGAGUUGCAUAUACUUUAAAGUAAUUUUUGUAGCUUUUUUGACUGAUGAAGAAAUAAUUCUUUUCUGCUGUUGUGGCCUUGUGAUGCAGGGGAAACUUAAGACAGAAUUUGAUAUCAUGCUGUAUGUGAUGUUACAGUGAAGCCACUGUAGGUAGUGCAAAAUGAAGCCUGCUUUUUAAAGAGAUAUACAGAUGCAUAUAAUGAACAAUACACAUACAACUAUGACUUUGUAAAUUCCUUAGCCACAAAAUUUGUCUCAUUCUUCUUUUGUCAUAUAAUUGACUUGGAAUAAAAGCUUUCACUGCCAAAAUAGUUGACUUUCCAGCUCAAAAGAUGGCCAGAGAAUCUCUCGGAUAUGGACUGCUUGGAAGCAGAGGCAGUUUCCUUUUGCUAUGGCUAACUUAGUACCUGAUGUGGAAGUGUCCCAGUUAAUCCAGAGAGACUGUAACUCUGAAGCUGCAUGCUAGUAUUUGUUACUUUGCAACUGAUUGUAUUGGCGGAAGCUGCUGAUUCCUUGGUGGUAAAUGGUUGGGUAGUGAGGACUUAAAUUCUUUCUGUGACCUUUAUUAAAUUUAAUGUCACCUGAAUCCCUGGCUACAAUGAGGAGAAAAGAGAGCCCUGCGCUGCUUUCAUGAGUACUUAGAAUUUAUGUUACUUCAUAAAUGACUGUGUAUGUGUUCUUGACUUGUUCCAAAUACAAUCCAAUUAAGGAAGGACAAUUUCUUUGAUAAGUUGACAGCUUUUACACUCAAAAUACCAUUUGGUAUUACAGGCACUUCCUUUUAAUAAUAUAACUCUGUAAUGAGCAGUGAAGUCAUCACUUGCAGAAGAGUUUUCUCAACUUCAAGGGUUAGCUUUUCUGCUCCUUUGAAGAAAAGUGAUUCCUUACUAAAAAGAAACUUUUUAGAAGUA